AUGGAAGCCCGGAAUGAUGGAAGAAGGCGUCAAAAGCUGAAGAAGGGAACGAGGGGUUCUUCAAGGAGAGAGGAGGAAGAAGAAGAAGAGGAGGAGGAGGAGAAGGGAAAAGAGGAGAGAGAUGGGGAAAGAAGAGCAGGACGCCAUGAUGAUGGAGGCCUGAGGAGGUGGAGUCUUUCUUACGGCCAGCAAUCACGGAUAGAGCCGCAGUUUCAAUUCACAGCCCUGCAUCAAAACGGGCAAUAUAGCACGCUGGCCAGUCCAACGAACUGGGCGAACUCUAAAGCUGGAGAAAGUUGGACCCUGAGGGCCCUGGACCCUGAUGGUCCACCAGCAACAUGGCAGCCAUUGGCUGUGCAGGCGAGAAUCGGUAAAAUUAGAAGCAGCGGCGUUGCCAGACGUGCCCCGAAAGCCAAUCACCCUCCGAGCCAAGCCCCGCAGACCCUGGGCAGUCAGUCUGAGACAGGGGAAAUCUUAACUACAAUUAUCAUCGGUCUAGAUACAAGCAAAAAGCUCUUCCAGUCUAGUUGCCACUAUUUCCAGCGAUCCGCAGGCUUGUCUUUCGCCCCCAAGAACACGUGUUGGGGACUUUCCUCUUCGGUUUGA